AUGAGUACCAAGGAAAACGUUAUGCCAUUAUCUGAAAAGAGAGAAAACCAAAAGGCGUUAUUGGAUUCAACCAAAUCAAUCAACAGCAAGGAAAGCUCCAAACAUGCCAACAAACCACUUUCAAAGCCUGGAUUGAAGGAAACAACGGCCAAUCAUACAAAGGUGCACAGCCAAGAAAAGAAAUCAACACAUACAACUGCCAUCAAAACACAAGUACAAAUUGAAAAAGAAGAAGAAGUCCUUGUAUAUAUCCCAGAGCAGCCUCGACGAUCACCCUCACCACAUUCCAUUGAGAAGCUCUUUGAAUAUCCUGCAAACAAGAUCAAUAUACACCACCGCAAAGAAGCCAAUUUCUUACGAUUUGAGCCCAAAACCGCAGACACAAGCACAACGAGAUCAAAGAUAGAAGCGCUGGAAAACGAAUUGAAGGAAGCCAUCAAAGAAAAGGAGGCAUUGUCGUUAAAAGUGCAAGCAGCUCGUAAAGAACUCAAACAAAAGACACAGCAAGCACAAGAGAUCGACCACAAGAUUGAACAAAUGACCAAGAUCAAAGCCAGAAUCGAAUCCAACAAACAAGAGAUCAUUGAAAAUCAAGGCAUCUAUGACGAGUUGAUGGACAUCUUGGAGGAUGCGAACGACAAGGGCUUGGAGUUUGACAAUACGCUCAGUGGAUAUAACGAUCAGGUCAACGAGUUAUUGAAUGAGCUGUCCUUGACAAAUUACCGUAUUCAAGAGUUUAAAGAGUCACACAGCAAAGCAGAGUAA